AUGAUGUGCAAGCUGCUCCUGUCCUGGGCCGUGCUGCUCAUAGCCUCCGGCCCCCUGAAGGCACACCCCAUCACAGACUCCUCUGACCUGUCCUUCCCUGGGCCUGUGUUGGCAGAGGAAGGUGAGGUGACCAGUCCAGGCGAGCUGUCUCUCUCUGACCCUUCGUCCCAGAGUGGCACAGGGCUGGAGUAUACCUCACUGCUGGCAGAGGAGCUCAACAGAGACGGUAUCAGGUCAGCCAGUUUCACCCCUCGGGAGGCUGUGAAAGGGGUCCUCUUGGAGAAACAGAACCAGCUGCUCCCCCUCAGGCGCUUCCUGGGAUACAGGAAACAGUUUGGGAAGAGAGGAAACCCCACAGACUGUUUCUGGAAGUACUGCGUCUGA